AUGUCAAAUUUAUCGAUACGCAAAAUUGAAUAUUUGGUUGAAAAAUACAUCAUAGUAUAAUCCUCCAUAGAAGAUUUGAUGGAUAGUUGUGAAAUACUUAUCCUUAAUCAUGAUAUUAAAAGAUUGUUACCCUUUGUUGCUUAUAAUGAAUCUAAUACAUUAAUCUAAGAAUUGAUGAAAUCUUUUUAUCGAAAAUUACCAUAAUAAGACAACAUUAGUGAAGAUAAGGAACCUGAAAAUACAAUUAAAGAUAAUCUAUAAAGUGCAAUUAAAGUUGAAAUUCUUCCAGAACCAUAGUAAUAAUUUAUAACAUCUGUUACAAAAUUUAGAAAAGCUUCACAAAAAUCCUCUAUGAAAUCUUCAAUAAAUUCCUUUAGGAAAUCUUCAUUGAAUAAAUAAGAGAGAUAAUAACAAACUUAGUAAGGAUCAUUACAUAUAACAUUUUCUCCAAUCCCAUUGUAGAUUGAAUAAGAAGAGGAUGAUGAAGAUAGAUUUUAUAGAGGUGUGUAUGAAAUGAAAAAAAAGUAGUAAGAACAAAUAAGAUUGUAAUAAAAUAUAUAUACUCUUUCUUAGCAAUAAGCAUGUAUCAGAGUAACAGAAAGUGUAAAUAUAAUAAUAAUUGUUGGAUCUAAAAAGAAAAUGCAAAAAUGGAGUAUUUACAUUUGAUAAUGAUGGAUCUAUUAUAUUGACCAAAUAAAAAGCAUUUAGUAAUGAACUUCAAGUUCAUCCUGAAACCAAAAUUUGUGCUUUAAAUUUAAAAAAUUAAGGAUAAAAAUUAAAUUUACAAACAUAAAUCACAAAUAUUGUUAAUUCUUCAAUUUAAAGAAAAUAAAGAUUAGCAAAAAUUGUUAAUAAUGUAAAAAGUGAUAUUCGUAUGGAAACAGAACCUGUAAGAAUUAGUACUUCUUUUAAAACAUUAAAUAAUUAAGAUUUUAAAUCGAAAUCUAUUUUAAAAUAAUUAUUAAAUGAUCAAAGUUUGAAAUUAACAAAAAAAGAAUUUUAAUAAUUAGCAGGUUUAGAAAAUAAUAUAGGAGAUGUCUUACAAUAAAAAUUAUUAAGAAUGACUUAAAUACAAUUAAAAAGAGCAUAAUAUAUAUAAUAAUAACAUUCAAGAAGUAUUACUCCACUAAUAAAUGAAGAACAUAAAGAAAUUGAAAAGCCAAUUAUUAAAAAAAAUACUCAAUAAGGAAAAAUUAAAUUAAAUGAUUUAAGACUUGCUGAUUCUAUAUCUAAUGAUACUCCAGAAAUAUAUUUUAAGAAUAUUUCUGAAAGUUAAGAGUCAAAAAAUAAUCAAAAUAUUAAAUUAAUGAAAUAAGAUCUUCCUUUUUUAUAAAUGAAUUACAAAUAAUCAAAAUAUGCAAUUUUAAAAGAAAAAAAGCAUUAAAAAAUAAACUAAAGUGUUAAACUACGAUCUUAUACAACUCACGAUUGA